UAUUCCAAUAAAUAUCCCAAAUUAGCGUUCCGUUCCAACCUCCUCCGUUCUCCGGUUGGUGGAUUUAACUCCGCUCUCUAUUCCAGUUAACUUAUCCUCCCUGCUCUUCCUCCUUUCUUUGCCCCGAUCUCGCUUCUUGUCUUUCGAUCGUUUUCUCCCGGAUUCUGACUCCCAAAAUCUGAUCUUUAGGCCCUUUCUUUGUUCUAUUUUUAUUUAUAGUUUUUUUUUUUGGUUUGCUGUUCUUAAUGCAAAUCUCAUCGGAAACGGUAUUCUAGCCCUUAAUGCAUCUCUCUGAUCUUACCAUCUGCUUCCUACACUCCUUCUCCGUCGUCUUCCUUUAUUGGUCCUAUGUGAUCCCGUGACCGGAUCGAUUCGUUCAGUUUGUUCAAGGCGUCUUUUUUCUUCUUUUUUUGUUAUUUUCUAUCAAUCCGAUUUCAGAUACUGUUGCAUUAAGAAAAGGAUCGAUGUCUUGCUUGCCUUCCCGCCGUUCUUCGAGUUCCGAAGGGGAUUCGCAACCUGUGAUCGACGAGCACGAGCGGAAGCGGAAGCGGAUGCUCUCCAACAGGGAGUCUGCCAGGCGAUCGAGGAUGAGGAAGCAGCAGCACUUGAAGGAGCUGAUGAGCGAAGAAGAGGAGAUCAAGAGCCAAAACGCCCAAAUCUCGAUGCAGAUCCCUGCGGUGACGCAGCAGUACAUGGAGUUGGAGUCCGACAACGCCGUCCUGCGGGUGCAGAUCCACGAGCUGACGCAGAGGCUGCAGUCGAUAAACUCGAUGCUGCGUAACGUCGCGGAGGUAAGUGGGAUGACCAUGGACACCCCGGAGAUGCCUGAUCCUCUUCUGAAGCCAUGGCAGAUUCCUUGCCUGACGCACCCAAUUAUGGCCAACGCCCAAACGCUGCAAUUCUGAAGUGUCCGGGUUCUACAAGCAAGGUCUUGAUAUUUCUUAGUAUCAAAUUUAUACAUGUAACUUUAACGGUGUUGUUGUUUGUGCAAUAAGUUUAAUUUGUGUGUGCGCUUAAAGGAACAUUGUGUUGUUUUCUGGUUUUCUUGGUUAAAGCUUUGCAUCUGUUCUGUUCUA